AUGGCAUCUCUCAGGCGCAUCGCGCAGCGUCCGGUCAACGAGGCUGCAGUCCAAUGGCGGGCGACUACCCGGGCUGCGGGCGUACGGAGUUUUACGACGAGCCAGAGGCGGCAAGAGGAGGAACGAGAGACGUUCAAGGGUCAACUCUAUCAGAGCACGCAUGAGCGGGUUCAGAGGGAAAAGGCGGAUCAGGAGAGGUUCGCGCGGCAUAGGGAAGCAGAGAAGGCGGCAAGAGGGAACUCAGGAUUGUUCAUACCCGUUGGUAGGGCACGCAAUGAUGGAUCUUCCGCACAGUUCCAAUUUCUGACGAUGCGUAGUACUUGCGGUAGGUGUGUUGGGAGGCUGGUUCCUUGGCCAGAACCAAACUGCGGAGCCUGAUGCCUCCUCUACCCUUCCGCUGUCUCGAACGAAACCGCCGACCCAUGAUGUGACGCCGACUACCUUACAAGCAGCGUGGGCGGAUUUCAAGGCAAUCGUCGGCGAGGAGAACAUUUCCACACAGGAGGCGGACCGGAAGUCUCAUGCUGGAAGCGAGUGGAGCACAUAUUCUGCACAGCCAGGAGAUGUUCCGUUCGCUGUCAUCAGUCCCGCGAGCACUGAGGAGGUUUCGCAGAUCAUGAAAGUCUGUCAUCAGAGAAGGAUACCUGUUACUGGAUACAGCGGUGGUACGUCUCUGGAGGGGCAUUUUGCUGCCACGAAGGGUGGCAUCUGCAUCGACUUCAGCCGAAUGGACAAGAUUCUUUCCCUGCACAAGGAAGAUCUCGACGUCGUGGUCCAGCCCGCAGUGGGAUGGGAGCUCCUCAACGAGGAAUUGGCCGAACACGGCCUCUUCUUCCCCCCAGAUCCAGGCCCUGGGGCGAUGAUUGGUGGCAUGGUCGGCACCGGAUGCUCGGGCACAAACGCAUAUCGAUACGGCACGAUGAAAGACUGGGUCCUCUCCCUGACCAUGGUCUUAGCGGAUGGCACAAUCAUCAAGACAAAGCAGCGGCCUCGAAAGAGCAGCGCUGGUUACGAUCUCACUCGCAUGUUCAUUGGAUCAGAAGGAACGCUUGGUCUCGUUACGGAAGCUACGCUCAAAGUCACGCCGAAACCUCAGAACACCAACGUUGCCGUCUGCACGUUUCCAACGAUCAGGAGCGCCGCCGACUGCGUGUUCAAGGUCGUCGGUGCAGGAGUACCGAUUGCCGCCAUCGAGAUUCUGGAUGACGUCCAAAUGCGAUGCAUCAACAAGGUUGGCUCCACAUCGAGGGAAUGGGCAGAAGCGCCGACACUCUUCUUCAAGUUUGCGGGCACGCCGACCAGCGUCAAGGAGCACAUCACCAUCGUGAAAGACCUGGCGAAGAAGUCGGGCAGCAAGACAUUCGAAUUCGCCAAGUCCGAAGAGGAGCAGGCCGAGCUCUGGUCCGCACGCAAAGAAGCUCUGUGGAGCGUCAUGGCGCAGAAGAAGGAAGAAGGCGACCACGUUUGGACGACAGACGUCGCCGUCCCCAUUUCGCGGCUCCCCGAUAUCAUCAACGAGACCAAGGAAGACAUCCGCAAGAGCGGCCUCAUGGGCAGCAUUGUGGGCCACGUCGGCGAUGGGAACUUCCACGCCAUCAUCCUGUACAACGACAAAGAGCACGGCGUCGCCGACCAAGUCGUGCACAAGAUGGUCAAGCGCGCCAUUGAGAUGGAAGGCACGGCAACCGGCGAGCACGGCGUCGGCCUCGUCAAGCGCGACUACCUCCCCCAUGAGAUUGGCGAACCAGCCGUGGAUUUGAUGCGAAAGGUAAGUCCCGAAACUCUCCAUCCUCACGGGCGUUGUGAUCUGGUCCACACUACCUUAAAAUCUCUCCCGUCUGUCCUCUCCCGGACUCCUCUGUGCAUCUUUUGCCGAGGCUUCUCCCACCCACGGUCGCAGGUGCUAGCAGCAUGGAAGCUUUCGCCCUGGGCCCCCCCCCCCCCCUCCCGCUAGUCGGGUUUCCUGCACCUCACUCCUUCAUUGACCCCCCUUAUAUACGCACGCGAUACGCUGACCUUUUUUUUUUCCUUCCCGCUCCUAGAUGAAGCAAGCUUUCGAUCCCCUGUGCCUGCUCAAUUGCGAUAAGAUUGUUCGCGCGGCCCAGCCGAAGCCGGGAGAGGUACAGGAAUGGUAG